AUUUGCGUUCGUGCUCUUUAAAAAUGUCGUGACACGAAAUAAAAAGAAGAAAUGCGACAGUGUUGAGAGGGGGUAGCUAACUGCUAAAGGGGUAGUAGGGGAAGGGGGUUAAAAUGGCGUCUGCCAAAAUAACCCUACACGCUUCACAGUACACACACACUAACCUCGUCGUCUUCACUCGCUGCAGGAUUUUCUACUACACAGCCACUUCCAAAAAAAAGGAUUGGCGUUGUUUGCGGUGCUGCUCGUCUACUCGCAACUUCCAAGGCGAUUCUUCUCAGUCGGCGGAAUAUUACGAGGACCCUUCAAACUGCCGCCAAAGUCAAACGCGACGGGCGAACGCUACGAACUGGUGCACAAAUACGAGCAGGAGAGACUGCCCGAUGUGGUUUUCAAACGGAUACUCUUCUGGAAUGACUAUUUCGGGAUUCCUGAUUAUCAAGUUGGACUCGGCCGUGAUGCCCUGCGCAAAUGGGAUUGCCCGGUAUGGCAGUGCGAAAUUUCCAACGAUCGCACCAAUGUCCAGGACUACGACGCUGUCGUCUUUCACUUUCGCAGCUGGUCUCAAAGAGAUUUGCCACAACGUCGGUCACCUCACCAGCGCUACAUUUUCUGGGCUAUGGAGUCUGCUGCCUGGACGGAAUACAUGGACACAAGUCCGAUGGCCAAUUUCUUCAACUGGACCGUGACUUACCGAUGGGACUCUGACAUGGUUAGGCCUUACGGCUAUGUCAAACCGAUUGGAAAUGUACCACUUCAUCCAAGUGAGAGUCAAAUGAAAGAGUAUUUGCCCAGUUGGAAAGUGAAUUACGCCGAUGGCAAGACGAAAAUGGCCGCUUGGUUCGUUACCAACUGCCACUCGAAAAGCAGUCGAAACGAAAUGGUCCAGGAACUGCAAAAGUACGUGCAAGUGGACGUGUACAGCGGCUGUGGAACCUUGUCGUGUCCAAAGAAACCGGGCGAAGAUGCUUCGAGUGAAGAGUGUCUGGCCAUGGCGGCGAAAAACUACAAGUUUUACAUGGCGCUGGAGAAUUCGCUGUGUCUCGACUACAUCACUGAAAAGUUUUUUGGAAUACUUCAUCGCCCGAUAGUCCCGAUCGUUUACGGCGUUCACGACCACUACGAUCAAAUUGCACCGACCCAUUCCUUCAUUAACGCGGCCAAAUUUGAAUCUAUGAAAGAAUUGGCCGACUACCUGAUUCUACUCGACAAGAACGACACGCUGUACAACGAAUAUUUCUGGUGGAAACCUCAUUUUGAGGUGCGCUACACUCAAAAGGACAUCAACGUUGGCGCGUGUCACUUGUGCGCCGCUCUCCACAACACGACACUUUCGCCGAAAAUCUACGCCAACAUGACCGACUGGUGGGAAACUCAAUCCUACUGUGUGUUUUCGCCUCUGAUCUCCUGAAGCUGCCCAAUAAAAGGAGAAGUGAAAUGUCGCGAUGACGAGGGGAAGUUGAAAGAAAAAGUGAUCGUCGACCGGUACAGUUGGUAGAAAUUCGGAAGAAGGAAACGGAAGGAGAAACGUCCGUUUUCUACUUCCGCCAAAUCUCGGAUGAAGAGGUACGCGUCCAUGAACCGGUUUGACGUAACCGUAAGGACUGACGAUAUCAGAGUCCCAACGGUAUGAAAACGUCCAGUUGAAGAAAUUGACCAUGGGACUAUUGUCCACCAUGUAUUCGCGCCACGCUGCGGAUUCCAUGAUCCAGCCAACGUAGCGCUGAUGGGGCGACCGACGUUGCGGCAAGUCGUUCCGGCUCCAACUGCGGAGGUGAAAGACAACGGCGUCGUAGUCCUGGACAUCGUUGCGGUUGUCCGACGUUUCGCACUGCCACACGGGACACCCCCGUUUC